AUGACGACCCCGGUCCCCAUAAUCGACUCCCACAUCCACCUCUUCCCCUCCAGCGAGCUCGACACCCUCGCCUGGGCCAAGCCCGAGGGGCCCCUCUACAAGCAGCACUCCAUCUCAGAAUACCGGGCAGCCACGGCGGCCCAGCACGACCUCCUCUCGGGCUUCAUCUUCCUCGAGACAGACCGCAAGAACGACGAGUCGGACCCGACCCCGGAGGGCGGGUGGAAGCACCCGCUGGCCGAGGUGUCGUGGCUGGCGCGCAUCGCGGGCGGGAGGCCGCGCCCGGGCGAGGGCCACGAGGAGAAGGACGCGUCCCUGUGCCUGGGCAUCAUCCCCUGGGCGCCGCUCCCGGCCGGGGCCGAGGCGCUGGAGAGGUAUAUCACUGCGGUGCGCGAGGCGUGCGACAGGGACGGCGGCGAGGGCGUCUGGGCCAAGGUCAAGGGGUUCCGGUACCUGCUGCAGGACAAGCCCGCGGGGACGAUGCUGCAGCCCAAGUUCAUCGAGGGCCUGAAGCUGCUCGGGCGCAAGGGGCUCGUCUUUGACGUCGGUGUCGACCAGCACCGCCGCGGGAGGGCGCAGCUCGAGGAGGCCGUCGCGAUGGUCGAGAGGGCGCAUGACGGCGUGCCGGACGGGGAGAAGGUCACAUUUAUACUGAACCACCUCUGCAAGCCCGACCUGACGACCCUCCACCCAGCCGACCCGGCCUUCAUCUCGUGGCGCACCGCCAUCUACACCCUCUCCAAGGCCGACAACGUCUACAUGAAGCUCUCGGGCGCCUUCUCCGAGAUGUCGGACGCCCUGCGCCGCCAGCCCGCAAACGACAUUUUCGAGUCCAUCAUGCCCUGGCUGGCCGUCGUGGUCGCCGCCUUCGGGCCCGACCGCCUCAUGUUCGGCAGCGACUGGCCCGUCAGCACCAUCGGCGUCGACAAGGACGGCGGCGAGGAUGGCAAGGAGGGCGAGGACGGGGACGCGGCCGCGGAAGACGGCGCCUGGGAGAAGUGGAGGAAGGUCGUCGACCGCCUGUGCUUCAUGAGCAGCUUCAGCGACGACGAGAAGGCGCUGGUGUUCGCGCGGACCGCGAGGAGGGCGUACAAGCUCGGCUGA